CUAAUCAGGCCGAUUCACUUUCCGUAAUUUAGUUCACUGUUUGUGGAGUUAACAACACUUUUGGUGUCCUCAUUAGGUACGGCGCAUAAAAUGUCAGCGUCAAAAACGUCAGGCGAAACAUCUGGUCGCGUCACACCGAUGCCGUGCCCGGAAUUAGUUGAAUUGAAAGUUGAACAUUUUGACGAGGAAAGUCCUGUAAACGACGACCAUAAUAAACUAGAACAGUUGCGCUUGAAGCGUCUCAAGAAACUGAGAAAACAACUUAUUGAUUCAAACUAUUGGGAGAGUCUAAGGCAGAAGUAUUUAAGUACGAAUGCGGAAUUGAUUCACAGUGAUUCUCCUGUGACGAAAACAGAUGGAAAUCUUUCCGAAGCAACGCAUGAAAAUGGAUCAAGCGGUAACGAUUCUCCUGCAGAGGAAAUAACUGAAAAUCUUGAAGUAAUGCAUCAAACAGAAGCAACUGAAAAACCAUCAGUCGAUUAUAAAUGCAUUUGCGAAAUGUGUGGCCAAACUUUCCACAAUAGGAAAGGCAUGUUGACCCACAUGGAAGGUUAUCAUGAUAUUCCAGGGACUGCUAUUACACGAGCAAAUAAAACAUUUUUCAAAUGCAAGUUUUGUGAGCUGGAGUUCACAGCUAGAACUCAGCUUUUUCUACAUUGCAAUCUCGUUCAUUCUGAGGAAAUCACCCUAACGUCUAAAAAAAUUUGUAAUACUGAACAUGUUAAAACUGAGGAUCUAUCGACUCAAUCGCGUUUUUGCACUACUUGUAAUGUGGAAUCAGAAAACUUGGAAAAGUUUAUAGCUCAUCUGGAGCAAAAUCAUGCGGAAACUUUUUGCGACAUCUGCUACCAAGUGUUCGUGGAUUCCACGUACUUGAUGCUGCACCGACGAGUUCACUUUGCCGAAAAUCCAUACGCAUGUGACUUGUGUCCCAAAGUAUUCAAAUCUCUGCAUCAUGUCGGUGAGCAUCGACGAGGACACACGGGAGACAAACCUAAUCAGUGCGCUCAGUGCCCACUGGCUUUCGCGCGAAUUGGCGAUCUUAAUAAGCACGUUAAGGCGCAACAUGUCGAGGAACCAUCCUACAAAUGUUCGCUAUGCCCGAGGACGUUUCACAGUUCGUCGAGUUUCCACCAACAUAAGCAAAAGCAUCGAUUGGCAGCGGAAGCGGGAGUGCCAUUCAGCGACUUGAGCUUCACGUGCAACCGCUGUGGUCAAUCGUUCGAGAAUGGUUCGAGAAAAAAAAGGGAACAUGCUCUUACGUGCGAUUCGGAGGGCCGACCGCACGCAUGCCCAACCUGUGGAAAGCGCUUCAAACUGAGUGGUCAUUUGAAGGCGCACCAACAGACGCACACCGGCGUAAAGCAGCAUUGUUGCGACCAGUGUCCUGUAGCGUUUUAUCUGCCGGGAGAUUUGCGCAGGCAUCAAAAAAGGCACGAACGUAACUCCCAGAAAUGCUAGUGAUUAAUGAACGAUCACUAGCAUUUGAUUUGAUACUAUUAGG